AGUCCAGAGAGCCGUAAAGUCAUAUAUUGCAAAUCCCUCAACUAGUACGUUUGGAGGACCGUAGCACGGCCCCUUUAAGGAAACAGGAAGUGCCCAAUAUCUCCCGCGGUACAUUGCGUGAGUAAACAGAACACAUUUUAGUGUACUCGUAUUUCUGUUGAAUCAAUACUGUACGAACCCAGAAACUGUUUUGGGCAAGAAAGUAUUUUAGCCCAAUUAUAGACUAAAUAUUUUUUCUGAAACGGGUAAUCGGCGUUGCUGUCUGACGUUGACAACAAUUUGAUUUAUUCAUACGCGAUGAACUCUGGAUUAAAAUAGCUCGCUCCCUUGCAGGCUAACAAAUUUAUAAUGUCAAUCUUCCUUGCGUUGAUAAUAUUUAACUAACUAGAAUUAAAUGCCAGCUCCCUGAACAAUAAUGCUACGCCUAUUACAGCCUGCCGUUGGAUCAAACUAGGUUAAUUAUAGAUAAAGCAAGUCAACGGGGAGUUUAGUCAUUUGUAUCCCAGUCUUGUGCCAAAAAAUCCUGUGCAUUUCAAAGCGUAUGAAUGUCAGUGUGGUCACACUGCAGAGUAUUUCGGAAAAUUGACCCCAAUCCUUAUGUGAACAUAAAUGUCGUUGCCUCACAACUGAAUGGAAUGCCGCCGAGGAAACGGAAGCUCGACGCCGAAGGGCAGGACGGUAACAGUAGUGCAUCGCCCCAAACUGUGAAGACCACUGGUCCUUCAGCUGGGGACACUGCUGCGACGACCCGUUCUUCGGACACUCUUACCAGCCAAUACUUCUCCACGGAACGUGAAGGUGACGUCAGGCUCGGUGUAAAAUUCUUUGACCAACCCUGUGUCCUCCUGGCCAAAGCAUUCUUGGGUAAAGUGCUGGUCCGGAGGCAGGCCGACGGGACGGUUCUGAGGGGGAGGGUGGUGGAGACGGAGGCCUACCUGGGGGGCGAGGACCGGGCGUCGCACUCCGCCGGGGGCCGGCGCACGGGGCGGAACGCCGCCAUGUUCAUGAGGCCCGGCACCAUCUACGUGUACCAGAUCUACGGCGUCUACCUCUGCAUGAACGUGUCCAGCCGGGGGGAGGGUGCGGCGGUGCUGCUGCGCUCCCUCGAGCCCCUGCAGGGACAGGAAGUGAUGCGGCGUCUGCGAGGGGCCCGGCGAAGGGAAGGCUCGCGGCCCCUGAAGGAGAAGGAGCUGUGCAACGGGCCGUCCAAGCUGUGCCAGGCGCUGGACAUCCCCCGCCACUUCGACCGGCGGGACCUGGCCACCGACGCCGAGGUGUGGCUGGAGCGGGACGUCCCGCGGGGGGACGAGGAGGAGCCCCCCGCCGUGGUGGCGGCCCCCCGUAUCGGGAUUGAGUCCCACGGGGAGUGGGCCACCAAACCGCUGCGCUUUUACCUGAGGGGGCACCCCUGUGUGAGCGUGGUGAACAGACAGGCAGAGAAGCACAUGGCUCAGCAGCCUGGGCCUGCAGUACCACACACUCUCCACCAGGGGGAGUGGAGCACAGAAUAACGAUUAAUGAGAACUAAACUUUUUUAAAAUGAGACUUCUCUAAAAUUACUCUUUUUUUUUAGUUAACAGUUUUCCAUUUUUCUCUCUGGCUGGCACUAUGUAUUUGAGGACUCCGCCACACAAUUAGUUUUUGAAAAACACAAAAUGAAGCAUCAGGAAUAUUUUUUACUUUUAUGAAGUAAAAAGCUUUUAAUUCUUUAAAAUUGUUAAUCCAUUCUGAACCACGGUCUCGUUUCAUUUCUGUUGUACGCUAACAUUUGCUCCACGGUUUAUGCCAAAUCGUCUCCCGUUCGCCAAACUGAAAUCAUUUCUUUUCCUGUCCUGCGGUGCUGUUUAGCCACCUUUCCCAAACAGACUGUGACUAGUAAUCUAAAAUGUUGUUGCACUUUGCUGAACAAAGUGCAACAACAGUAAAGAUCACAUUUCCAAGAGCUGUACAAAGGAUUGGGCUUCAUUCAUGAAACAUGAGUACGAUCUCAUUUGAUCGUAAACUUGCGUUUAAGAACGUUUCCAAGAACAUUUCGGCAUUUCCUUAUCACACGAACAGAAUUGCACGUAAAAUUUAUUUUGAGGCAGCAUUCAUCAUCUCAUAUACCUAGGAUAUGGACAAAAUGAAUCCCAUAUUGGUUUUUCGUCUGAACAUUUUUAAGAACAAAAAUAAGAAUAAUUUAAGAAAAGUUUUGUGAAUGAGGCCCAUUGUUCUUUUCCCCUGUAAAACAACAUAAAUAAAAAUUGGAAAAUACACAUGAAUAAACAACCCUUUCUUUGGUAUAUGCAGCAGGGCACAAGCCAUUAAGUAAAUGCGCUGGUGGCCCACACUGCUCCUUAUGGGUAACAAAGUCU